AUGUGCUCGAAAGGAGCGUACUUUGACCGCUGAUGCUGUCGGUAAGAUCCGUUUUCCAAAGCUCACUGACCGGUUCAAAUUUGAGGCUCAUUCGGGUGCCUCUGGCCGCUUGUUAGUUGAGGCUGGUGGAGGAAUACAUAUGAGUAGUCAUGCCAAGGAACUCUUUGUCCCGGUGAAGACCCUUGAGUGUACCAUCACCACUGACUUUUUAGUGGUGAAGGAGAACAAGCUCGAGGAGAACAAGCUUGAGGGAGCUGCCCUUGGGGAG